AUGGCACCCCUGGAGCCGGCGAUCUGGGCCGAUCUUCUCGAGGAGAUUGAAGAUUGCGAUGUGCAAUGUGCCAGAACACAGCGCAAAGAGUGGCUCAAGUCCGCGGUGGAUAAGGUUUUCGUGUCCGACUUCAUUACCGCCGCCCUGUGCCUGGGCAUGCUGGACACAGUGGUUUGGAUCCGGUCGGACUUGCCUGGGAUUGGCAGAUACAAUGGUCCACCUCCCGGACGGUACAAGGCGCGGGUUGAGUGGAAUCUCUGGACUGCAGACGGGGAAGUCGUCUUCGAGGAGCUCUGUCUGCGCCAGUUGGAAGUUCUGGAAGUCUUCCCAGCGACCGAGCUGACCGGCAUCAUGGAACAUGAGGAACUGGACUCAUGUACAGAGGUCGAGGACGGAGCUGCUGAGAAAGAGCUGCUUCUCUACCGCGACUUUACCCUGACAGUCGGCACGUUGUUUCAGGCCCUUAGCAGACUUCAACGUGGUAUUUGGACCGCAGACUCCAUGCUCCGGGGGCCACACAGAGCUUGGAUUCUGGACGUGGACCUAGACACCUUCUCUACCUACGACCCGGCACUUCGCUUGCUGCAGGAAGCAAAUUUCAGCCAGAGCUUCGUGGACACUGCAUCCAGCUUGUUGAACACCAACUCUGCUUGCUCUCAGCCGAUAGACGAUUCCGAGGGCACGAAGAGGCUCAUUGGAUGUGGGUGCCUCUCUUCACGCCUUGACGAGGUAGAGGACUACCGUGCCGCCUUGCUCCAGAAUCUCAGUCACCUGCCUGCGACUCUCCGGGCUGCACCUCACCAUCAUCGACUGCAGCUAUUUCUCGAAGGACUCGAUGGCUGCGAGGUGGACCCAUCUGCGGCCCAGUUGCUUGCAAACCUUUCCGUGGAGGAAGCUGAGCGUUGGCGCUGGGUCCUUGAAACGGCGCUGCAGGAAGGCCUCGACGAUGACUUGGCCAAAUCGAUGCUGGAGGGGGCGAUGGGUGUGCACCACGUGAGUCGCUGGGAGGCGACGCGCCAUCUAGAGGCUUUCAAUGGCCUUCUGCGCCACUUUGCGCUGGUGCAGCCACCUGAGGCCGUGACCAUUUCACGAUCGAGGUCGCCACGUUUCAACAGGUACCUUCCAGAGAGUCUCUGGCCGGCAGUCGAGCACGAGGUGAUGGCGGCCUUGACGCAGCUGGAGGGGGACAAAAGGGCGCAUGCUCGCAGCAUCCUCACAUGCUCCCGAGCAUUGCGUUCUUGA